GCCAUCUGUGUCAUCCAAACGUUUAGGGUUAGAUGAUAGUGGAAAAGAAGAGGUCUGUAAAAGUUAAUGUAAGACUUGUAUUACUAUAAAGGGAGUGUCAGCAACAAAGGAGUCAAUUGCUGAUAUUGGGUCAGAUAUGGGCAAGAAGAAAAAAUCUGCUGUAAAAACACCAGGAGCUAAUACAGGACAAAUUUCUAGUACACCUGAUGACAAGUUUAAUCCAGCAGAACAGUUCAGACAAUUCCUGCAGUCUUUCCCCACACAAGGCACACCCACAGACAAGGUUCUUCCAAAUGCACCUUUGCCAAUGAAAGAAAAGAGCAAGAAAAUCGUAACUACGAAAACUUUCACCAAAGGCAUGAUGGACGUAUCUCUGUUGACCUCCAAUGCUACACAGCUACGCUCCAUUCUCAUGGAUACAGAUCAUACAUUCCGUAAUAUGCUGAUUGGGUUGUUAAUAGCUUCAGUUUUUUUACAAGUAACAUCUACACUUCUUCUUAUUCUUGCUGACUCCUUCAAGACAAAUGACAUUGAACAAAACCCUAACACUAGGCGGCGUUUAAGCUUCAGUUCGUUAGCACUCACAACCCUAGUGACUGUUGUUAAUAUUUUGAUAUCGGCAUUUCAUGUGCCAGGAGAGCCCCGCUCUAGAACUUCCUGAUUGGGUAGAUAAGGUGGCUUGUGAAUUGUGUGAUAAACAGAGUGGAAGUAAGGUUACAUCUUCACUGUGACAGUAAGGAGGAAGUAAAAAUCGGCCUCCACUGUGUGACUUAAGUUAAGUUUGUCUGGAGCAUAAGUUCCAUGUUAUUUCACCCACGUUGACCAAACUUACCAUAUUUAUGUAUCUUGGGAAGGCAGAAUUUCUUGGACUGAAAUUGGGUUUUGUGCCCUACUAUAUACAGAGUUAUGACCCUUUGUUUAUUUUUUAUACCAAAGUUUGUCCACGGCAUAAGUUCCAUGUUAUUUCACCUACGUUGACCAAACUUACCAUAUUUAUGUAUCUUUGGAAGGCGGAAUCUCUUGCACUAAAGUCAGAAUUGUGCCCCACUAUACACAGAGUUAUGGCCCUUUGUUUAUUUUUUAUAUCGUAAUUUGUCCGGAGCAUAAGUUCCAUGUUAUUUCACCUAAGUUAACCAAACUUACCACAUUUAUGUAUCUUUGGAAGGCGGAAUCUCUUGCACUGAACUCAGGUUUUGUGCCCCACUAUAUAUAGAGUUAUGGCCCUUUGUUUAUUUUUAAUACCAAAGUUUGUCCAUGGCAUAACAUUCAUGUUAUUUCACCUACGUUUACCAAACUUGCUAUAGUUAUGUAUCUUGGGAAGUAGGAGUGUCGCAUUCUAAAUUCGGCUCGUGACCCACUAUAUAAAGAGAUAUUGUCUUUUGUUAACUUUUCAUACCGAAGUUUGUCUAUUGGCUGAUAAUGGGGAGACAUUGAACAACAAGUUUUUAGUUGUUACAUAAAUUUGUCUGCGUGUGUGUUGGGUUGGUCGAGGGUGCUGAAUCUAUUGAGAAAGUAUUCUUUGCCGCAGAAUUUUACUCUUUCUAAAUUGUGAUUUCAUGGUUUGCCACCAUAUUUGGUUUGAAAUAUAAAUAUUCCAAUCGGGUUUUACUUACAGCAAUCAAGAUCCCCCUUUAUAAUGACAUGCACACACAACAGGCCUUAUGAGACAAAUACAACUAUGCUAUCCGGGUCAUAUCCAAUGCCAAAGAGAACAGGCCUGAAAAUCUUGCCCUCUGGAUCUCUAACCUAAUAACCCCCCACCCCCACCACUGGAUCCACCAAUCUAUGAAUUGAAUAAACAAAUGUAUAAUGCAUACUUUUUAAAUCAAAUGUUUUUAUAUGUUUUCUGAUAUGUGGAUUGUUUUAUAUUUUUAUACAUCGUCUCUUCAAAGUGUAAUUUUUUCUUAUCUUGAUUUAUCAAAGUUAUAUUAUUUUGUACACUUAUACUGAAAUCCGCAAACCUGUUAUCAAGUAAAAUAUAUAUAUACAAUGUUAUAGGAGGUAAAUAAAACUGUG